AUGCCUUCAGCAGCUGAAGCUUCAGAAAAUAAUUUAGCUAAUUCUGCUACUUCGACGAAUCCGGUACAUAGUUCCAAAGAGACACCGCUUGCAUUGUAUGAAAAGAGGGUUUCGAAUGGGAAAUUGCGCGAUGAUCCAUACCAAAGGAAAAUCAUCACUUCGUUAUCGGUGCUUCAUCAACUGUUGGCAAACUAUACUCCACCUAAAGUGUCAAUUCCUACUGCUGCUGAUUUGAAACCCAAGAAUAAUGGGUUCCGUUCUAUUGGCAAAGUUUUUUCUUCUUUUUUUGGCAAGAAUGGUGAGAGCGGUGGAGGUACCAGUGGUUCUGCAACUGCUACUGCCGAAGUGAUUGAUUUUGAUCGUGAUUAUAGCAAUGCCAAUGGAGUGAGAGGUAUUUAUUUAUAUGGCGAUGUGGGAUGUGGCAAGACAAUGUUGAUGGACUUGUUUUACCUGACUAUUCCGCAACAUUUACCCAAGAUGCGUGUGCAUUUCCAUCAGUUUAUGCAGAAAAUACACAAGAGAACGCACCAGUUGAAGGUUGAGAAUCGUAAUCCAAGUGGCCACGAUGAGAUUGAUGUGAUACCUAUCCUUGCGGCGGAGAUUGCUAAUUCUGCUACGGUGUUGUGUUUUGAUGAGUUUCAAGUGACUGAUGUUGCUGAUGCCAUGUUGUUGCGACGGUUGAUGAUGAUGCUCUUGUCGCCGGAGUAUGGUGUUGUUUUGUUUGCCACGAGUAAUCGAGCACCAGAUGAUUUGUAUUUGAAUGGGAUCCAGCGUGUGAGUUUUAUUCCGUGCAUUCAGUUGAUUAAGCAUAAAUGUCGUGUUAUAUUUUUGAAUUCGCCAACCGAUUAUAGAAAGAUCCCCAAACCAUUGAGUUCAGUAUAUUAUUGGCCCAAACCGGGUGUUAAAUGGGCCAGUAAGGCUAAUUUGGCCAAUUGCAAAAAGCACGUUGAUACGUGGUACGAGUAUUUUAACCAAGGAAAUGAAGAUCAUCAUCAUCAUCAUAAUAAUAAUAAUAAAAGUAAUGGUGAAAGCCAUCUGCUGUUGCUCGAGAAAAAGACUGAUUAUUCGCUUGAUGUUUGGGGAAGGAAAAUACAUGUUCCUAUUUGUUCUCCUCCUAGAGUAGCGCAGUUUACGUUUUUUGAGUUGUGUGGUACACCAAUGGCUGCUGGUGAUUAUUUGUGUCUUGCUGAGCAUUUUCUGGCGUUUAUUGUUACCGAUAUUCCGUUUUUGUCUAUUAAUGAGAGGAAUCAGAUUCGGAGGUUUAUUACGUUUCUUGAUGCUGUGUAUGAUGCUAGGGGUAAGAUUGCUGUGACUAGUGCUGCACCGUUUAAGGAUCUAUUUGUUGAGCCUGAGCAGUUGUUGGUUUCUGGUGAUCAUUAUGAGUUGAUUAAUAAGAAGCAGAAAGAGGAUUCACAAGAGAAUGUGACAAAGUCAAAUACAAAGUCAAAGUCAACUUCAAACUCGCAAACUGAAGAUAGUUUUGCAGAUGAUGAGUUGGUUACUAAGCAUGGUUUUGAUAAGCUGAUUGCUAAGAAGGCUAGUUUAUUUGUGGUUAACGAUGAAGAGAAGUUUGCUUUUGCUAGAGCAUUGAGUCGGUUAGCGCAGAUGAGUACUACAGAGUGGAUUGAUCAAGAUUGA